AUGCUGGCUGUUCGAGGUGAACUGGGAGAAGAUUCUAUUUUGUCCUGUGUCCCUAAAAAUGGUGAUGUGUAUGAAGUAUCAUUGAUUGACAUUGAGUCUGCAAGAGUCAUAGUCGAUAAAGAAUUGAAGAUUGAUAAUCAGCCAAUUUUUGUUCGUCACCUGUCCUCAAAGAUGAUUUUGAUAUUGAUGCAAGUUGUUCAAGUAGUCCUGGAAACGUUUUGGGGUGACUCUUUUAUUAAUCAAUAUCAACAUCUUUGGGAUGGUGAUAUUUACGGCUCUUGUGAUUCUGUUAGUCAUAGACGUGGUUGUGCAAUUCUAGUGUCUAAACAUUUUUCAAAAAGUGUUUCCUUGGUUUUUUCAUCGAAUGAUGGAAGGUUCCUUAUGUGUUCUUUUGAGCGAGAUGCGGUUGAUUUUAACAUUGUAUCUUGCUAUGCUCCAAACGCAGAGGAUGAUAGACCCAAAUUUCUCGAGCGUCUUGAAUCUGAUACUCCUAGUGAGAAAUGUAUGAUUUGCGGAGAUUUUAAUGAUGUGAUGAAUCCUUUCUGUGAUCGUGCUAAAGGAAUGGCUUCCUUUGGUGUUGGAUCGUCCUGUCUUAGUGAUUUUGUUGAUCACUGUAAGUUGAUUGAUUGUUGGCGCUUUUUCAACCCAUUUAGCGCGUCUUUACAAGACAGCAGACUGUACUCGGCGAUUUAA